UCUACAUAUACGAGCACAGGUCUCUGUGUACGAAUAGAUUUUCCUAGUUGGCGCCCAGAAAGCCAGUGAGUGAGAAGACGACGAGACGGACACCUCUCCUUCUUCACUCCCGAACUCUCCUCCUUCUUCCCCAAAUCCGGCCAUUACUAGUUACUGUCCUGUAAUUUAAAAACCCUAGAUAGAUCCCAGUGUCCCAAUCUGGUGUUGCCUGAUUGAUUCAUUCUUACAGGAAAAGUUUAUUUUUUGCCAAUUCCUACGACGCUGAUCGCCGGAAAUGACUGACGGGCAGGUGAUAAAGCGUGCAAGGUAUAAAUCGUCAGUCAAGGACUUUGGAGUUCCUAGUGUUCUGAAAAUGACUCGGGAGAGGUUUUUUUUUAUGCCAAAUGAUCCGAAAUCAUCUGCAAGGCUUAAUGUAGAGUUUAGAUUGGUUAAAGGUCACAAAUUUACCAAGGAGGGUUCCAACAAACAGGCCCUGCUUAAUCUCACAGUGGAUCAGGGAGGAAAUUACAUUUUUGAAUUUGACACUUUUUCUGAUCGUGAUGCUUGUCGUGAAUAUGUUGCAACAGCUAUUGCAGUAUCCGGAGAAGCUGGAAGAGCUGGUUCUGAGAGAUCAGCUGCUCCACUUCAAGAUGAACAACUUAGCCAUGCAGAGAUGGAGCGUCGGAUUAGACUACUGCAGGAGGAUAGUGAGUUGCAGAAACUUCAUAAGCAGUUAGUGAUUGGAGGUGUCCUAUCAGAGGCUGAAUUUUGGGCAACAAGAAAUAAGUUGCUGGAUGAGAAUGCCAGCAGAAAGUCAAAACAACAGGUGGGGUUGAGAAAUGACAUGUUCCAUGUCAAACCAUCUUCUGAUGGUUCGUCUAACAAAGUUACUUUUAAUUUGACACCCGAGAUUAUUCACCAGAUUUUUGCUGAGAAACCGGCUGUACGCCAGACAUUUCUAAAUUUUGUUCCAAGCAAGAUGACAGAAAAAGAGUUCUGGACGAAAUAUUCAAGAGCAGAAUACUUGCACAGUACGAAAAAUGUUGUUGUGGCUGCAGCAGAGGCUGCAGAAGAUGAUAAGCAAGAUGACAUGGCAGCAAGUGAAGCUCGGCGGAAACCCCAAAUCCAAGCACUACCAUCGAGGACCACCACCACUCAUUACACGUUGCAACCCAGUGACCACCAGCGAGGACCACCACCUGCUGCUCGUCCAGCAGAGGUAUCGACCAAUCAAAGAGAAAGAUUAUUAAUGUCGACCGAAAGAUUAAACAAGUCCAAUGAUAGAAUAAGGGAAAGUAGGAGGACCAUGCUGGAGACAGAGGACCUUGGUGUUUCACUUCUUCAAGAUCUGCACCAAUAG